AUGGAAAUGAAAACUCAAGAUGCUGAAAAGGGUUGUUUAGGCGAACAGCCUUUGCUGUGUGAGGGGGAGUUAUCAACCUUGUCACCUGCUUUGUUGCCCAAACGGCAGAUGAGAGGCCUGUUCGACAGCCAUCUAAAGAAACACCAUAUAGCAGUGUCUCUUCUUUCUCUCGAAAUUAUACCUGGAUUCAAAUUUGGUGUGUCUGAACCCAGGAAGCAAGCAUAUGCAGAAUUCUAUAAGAACCAUGAUGCUGCAAAGGAGUUUGAGGCCAUGAGAGAAGCAGGUAUAUUUCAAAGUGCACCACCCAAAAAAUCAUAAGCCAGCAUCUUCAGAUCCUCUUCUUUAGCAACCUGAAACUGAACACUGUUUUCUGUGAACUAAACCUUUGGGUCACUUCAGUACUGGUCACGCUACAAUCUUGCUCAUUAAAUGAAAUACUUACGUCAA